AUGAGACAACAGGGCAUCCUAACUGAUCUCCCUCCUCCCGCCUUCAAACAUCACCGCUGGUACAGUAAGGUGUCCCUGGAGUGUGGACACACCCACGGCAUCUCCACUGGCGAGUCUCCGGUUACCGAGGGCAGCAGCCUGCACUCGGGCGGCGGCAGCAGCGGGCACCACCAGCACUACUACUAUGACACCCACACCAACACCUACUACCAGCGCACCUUCGGCCACAACACCAUGGACGCUGUGCCCAGGAUCGACCACUACCGGCACACCGUGGCCCAGCUGGGUGAGAAGUUGCUCCGUCCCAGCCUAGCGGAGCUGCACGAUGAGCUGGAGAAGGAACCUUUUGAGGAUGGCUUUGCAAAUGGAGAAGAAAGUACUCCAACCAGAGAUGCUGUGGUUACAUAUGCUGCGGAAAGUAAAGGAGUUGUGAAGUUUGGCUGGAUCAAGGGUGUAUUAGUACGUUGCAUGUUAAACAUUUGGGGUGUGAUGCUCUUCAUUAGAUUGUCAUGGAUUGUAGGUCAAGCUGGAAUAGGUCUGUCGGUCCUUGUAAUAAUGAUGGCCACUGUUGUGACAACUAUCACAGGAUUGUCUACUUCAGCAAUAGCUACUAAUGGAUUUGUACGAGGAGGAGGAGCAUAUUAUUUAAUAUCUAGAAGUCUAGGGCCAGAAUUUGGUGGUGCAAUUGGCCUGAUAUUUGCUUUUGCCAAUGCUGUUGCAGUUGCUAUGUAUGUGGUUGGAUUUGCAGAAACUGUGGUGGAGUUACUUAAGGAGCAUUCUAUUCUUAUGAUAGAUGAAAUUAAUGAUAUCCGAAUUAUCGGAGCCAUUACUGUGGUGAUCCUUUUAGGUAUCUCAGUAGCUGGAAUGGAGUGGGAAGCAAAAGCUCAGAUUGUUCUUUUGGUGAUUCUCCUACUUGCUAUUGCUGAUUUCGUCAUAGGAACAUUUAUCCCAUUGGAGAGCAAGAAACCCAAAGGUUUCUUUGGUUAUAAAUCUGAAAUAUUUAAUGAGAACUUUGGACCAGAUUUUCGAGAGGAAGAGACUUUUUUUUCUGUCUUUGCUAUCUUUUUUCCUGCUGCAACUGGUAUUCUGGCUGGAGCAAAUAUCUCCGGUGAUCUUGCAGAUCCUCAGUCAGCCAUACCCAAAGGAACACUCUUAGCCAUUUUAAUCACUACGGUGGUUUACAUAGGAAUUGCAGUAUCUGUAGGUGCUUGUGUUGUUCGGGAUGCCACUGGGAACAUUAACGAUACUAUUGUGACAGAGCUAACAAACUGUACUUCCGCAGCCUGCAAAUUAAACUUUGACUUUUCUUAUUGUGAAAGCAAUUCUUGUUCCUAUGGUCUAAUGAACAACUUCCAGGUAAUGAGCAUGGUGUCAGGAUUUGCUCCAUUGAUUUCUGCAGGUAUCUUUUCAGCCACUCUUUCGUCUGCAUUAGCAUCCCUUGUGAGUGCUCCCAAAAUAUUUCAGGCUCUAUGUAAGGACAACAUCUACCCAGCUUUCCAGAUGUUUGCUAAAGGUUAUGGGAAAAAUAACGAACCUCUUCGUGGUUACAUCUUAACAUUCUUAAUUGCACUUGGAUUCAUCUUAAUUGCUGAACUGAACGUUAUUGCUCCAAUUAUCUCUAACUUCUUCCUUGCAUCCUAUGCUCUGAUCAAUUUUUCAGUAUUCCAUGCAUCACUUGCAAAAUCUCCAGGAUGGCGUCCUGCAUUCAAAUACUACAAUAUGUGGAUAUCACUUAUUGGAGCAAUUCUUUGUUGCAUAGUAAUGUUUGUCAUUAAUUGGUGGGCUGCAUUGCUGACAUAUGUGAUAGUCCUUGGGCUAUAUAUUUAUGUUACCUAUAAAAAGCCAGAUGUGAACUGGGGAUCCUCCACACAAGCCCUGACUUACCUUAGUGCACUGCAGCAUUCCAUUCGACUUUCUGGAGUGGAAGACCAUGUGAAAAACUUUAGGCCACAGUGUCUUGUUAUGACAGGUGCUCCAAACUCACGCCCAGCUCUACUUCAUCUUGUCCAUGAUUUCACAAAAAAUGUUGGUUUGAUGAUCUGUGGUCAUGUACAUAUGGGGCCACGAAGACAAGCCAUGAAAGAGAUGUCCAUUGAUCAAGCUAAGUAUCAGCGAUGGCUUAUUAAAAACAAAAUGAAAGCCUUUUAUGCUCCAGUACAUGCAGAUGACUUGAGAGAAGGAGCACAGUAUUUGAUGCAGGCUGCUGGUCUUGGGCGUAUGAAACCAAACACACUUGUCCUUGGAUUUAAGAAAGAUUGGUUGCAAGCAGAUAUGAGGGAAGUGGAUAUGUAUAUAAACGUAUUCCAUGACGCCUUUGACAUACAAUACGGAGUAGUGGUUAUUCGCCUAAAAGAGGGUCUGGAUAUAUCUCAUCUUCAAGGACAAGAAGAAUUAUUGUCGUCACAAGAGAAAUCUCCUGGUGUCAAGGAUGUGGUACUAAGCAUGGAGUAUAGUAAGAAAUCAGAAUUAGAUACUUCCAAACCAUCUGGUGAAAAAACCGUUACACAUAAAGAUGAGGAAGAGGAUGGCAAGACUCCAACUCAACCACUGUUGAAAAAAGAAUCCAAAGGCCCUGCUGUGCCUUUAAAUGUAGCUGACCAAAAGCUUCUUGAAGCUAGUACACAGUUUCAGAAAAAGCAAGGAAAGAAUACUAUUGAUGUCUGGUGGCUUUUUGAUGAUGGAGGUUUGACCUUAUUGAUACCUUACCUUCUGACUACCAAGAAAAAGUGGAAAGAUUGUAAGAUCAGAGUAUUCAUUGGUGGAAAAAUAAACAGAAUAGACCAUGACCGGAGAGCGAUGGCUACUUUGCUUAGCAAGUUUCGGAUAGACUUCUCUGAUAUAAUGGUCCUAGGAGAUAUAAAUACUAAACCAAAGAAAGAAAAUAUUAUAGCUUUUGAUGAAAUGAUUGAGCCAUACAGACUUCAUGAAGAUGAUAAAGAACAAGAUAUUGCAGAUAAAAUGAAAGAAGAUGAACCAUGGCGAAUAACAGAUAAUGAACUUGAACUUUAUAAGACCAAGACAUACCGGCAGAUUAGGUUAAAUGAAUUAUUAAAGGAACAUUCAAGCACAGCUAGUAUCAUUGUCAUGAGUCUCCCAGUUGCACGAAAAGGUGCUGUAUCCAGUGCUCUCUACAUGGCGUGGUUAGAAGCUUUGUCUGAGGACCUGCCACCAAUUCUCCUAGUUCGUGGGAAUCAUCAGAGUGUCCUUACAUUCUAUUCUUAAACUUUCUACACAGUGGACAGCCCUUCAGACAGUACUGCAUUGCCUAGUGAAGUAACUGAAAUCUUCAAUGACACGUUAACAUCACAAUGGCGAACUGUGACUUUUCUUUCACUAUUUCAUUAAUUUGAAAGCACACAGGGAAGUUGUUCCAUUGACAUGUAUAUGGAGACUUCAGUUUGUCAUUAAUGUAUCUCAAUUUUAAUGAUGAUUCCUUGUUGUUGGACUAAAGCUCAUGAAGUAAAGUUUUCCUUUGCUACUUGAAUAGCAAUAAAAGUAUGUUAUUUUCUGACUGAUGAAAGAAAUGCAAAAAGCCUUUAGCCUUGAGGUGCCUUCUGAAAAUAACCAAAUUUCAUCCAUAUAUCCUCUUUUAUAAAUUUAUAGAAUGUCAAACUUUGCCUUCAACUAUUAGUUUUAUUUCUAAUCUCUUCUACCUUAAAAUGGACACUGCUUUUCUUCCAUUGACCAGUUAGUGUUGAGUACUGUAUGUUGUCUAUUAUUUUUGUAAAGGUUUAUGUUAGACAUUAAAGGUGAGAGUUAGGGCAAGUUAAUGGGGGGGGAGAGGGGGAUGGGAACCAAAAAGUGACCCCAAGUUUAGAUUGUAUGAAUAUGUAUAAAUGUAGACCUAGGAGGAAAAGGCCCAAUAAAUCUUUUUUUUUUUUUUAACUUC